GAGACGAGCAGGGGGGCCGCGGCGCGUGCGCGCUGCCCGGGUUUGGCUCAGCAGCGCGAGGCGGCUCGGUCACCCUCCCCCACCGCUGACGCUGUCGGAGCCGAGACUGAGACGGAGGGAAAACGCUCGGUGGGGAAGCAACAGCUGCGGCGCUCACCCAGGCAACUAACCGACCCAGGCCACAAGGAUGGGUGUCCCGGCCUUCUUCCGCUGGCUGAGCCGCAAGUAUCCGUCCAUCGUGGUGAACUGCGUGGAGGAGAAGGCUAAAGAAGUCGAUGGAGUUAAAGCCCCUGUGGACAGCAGCAAGCCUAAUCCAAAUGAAGUGGAGUUUGAUAAUCUGUACUUGGACAUGAAUGGCAUUAUUCAUCCAUGCACGCAUCCAGAAAACAAGCCAGCUCCCAAGAAUGAGGAUGAAAUGAUGGUGGCCAUAUUCGAAUAUAUUGAUCGAUUGUUUAAUAUAGUUAGACCCAGGCGUCUACUUUAUAUGGCAAUAGAUGGAGUGGCUCCUCGUGCCAAAAUGAACCAGCAGCGAUCUCGACGGUUUCGUGCAUCCAAAGAAGGACUGGAACUGGUUGAAGAAAAGAGACAAAUGAGGGAAGAAGUGCUUUCUAAAGGUGGAUUUCUACCCCAAGAAGAGGUCAAAGAGCGGUUUGAUAGCAACUGCAUUACUCCUGGAACUGAAUUCAUGGAUAACUUAGCAAAGUGUCUUCGGUACUAUGUUGCUGAUCGCUUAAACAAUGACCCCGGAUGGAAAUCCUUAACUGUUAUUUUGUCAGAUGCAAGCGUUCCUGGUGAGGGUGAACACAAGAUCAUGGAUUACAUAAGAAGGCAACGAGCUCAGCCAAACCACGAUCCAAACACCCAUCAUUGUUUAUGUGGAGCUGACGCUGAUCUUAUUAUGUUGGGAUUGGCAACUCAUGAACCAAACUUCACUAUAAUCAGGGAAGAGUUCAAGCCCAACCAGCCUAGGCCAUGUGCUCUUUGUAAUCAAGUUGGCCAUGAAAUCAAAGAAUGCCAGGGUUUGCCAAAGGAAAAGCAAGGAGAGUUUGAUCAAUUAGGAAGUAAUCCUCCAAUUGGCUCAGAAGUGGAAUUCAUAUUUAUUCGACUAACUGUAUUGCGUGAGUACUUGGAAAGAGAAUUAACUAUGGCAAGCCUCCCCUUCAAGUUCGAUUUUGAGAGGAGCGUUGAUGACUGGGUUUUUAUGUGUUUUUUUGUGGGAAAUGAUUUCCUCCCUCAUCUACCAUCGCUGGAAAUUAGGGAGGGUGCAAUUGAUCGACUGGUUGGCAUUUACAAGAACGUAGUACACAAGACAGGGGGUUAUCUUACGGAGAAUGGUUUUGUCAACUUAGAACGAGUGCAGAUGAUUAUGGCUGCAGUUGGAGAAGCUGAAGAUAACAUCUUUAAGAAGAGAAGAGAUGAUGAUGUGUCAUUUAGAAAAAGGCAAAAGGAAAAAAACAAAAGGAUGAAAACAGAAGCAGCAUCUUUUGUUCCUGGUGGGCAACUUGCCCCACAACCUUUGGGCCAACGGAGUGGUGGAAGUAAACCACAACCCCUCCAGAAUGCAAGGCAAACUGCUUAUGAAAUGAGAGUACAAGGUAGAGAUCAACAAAAUAAGACAUCAGCCCACAGUAACAGUUCUAAUUCAGAUGGAAGCCCAGUGCCUCUAGGAACGAAGAGGAAGAAUGGGGAUAAUGAUGAUGACGAUGAACCACCAGAUAAUAUCAGGCUUUGGGAAGAAGGCUGGAAACAGCGUUACUAUAAGAACAAGUUUGAUGUUGAUGCUUCUGAUGAUAAAUUCCGCAGAAAGGUUGUGGAAUCAUAUGUUGAAGGUCUGUGCUGGGUUCUUCAAUAUUAUUACCAGGGCUGUGCUUCCUGGAAAUGGUUCUAUCCAUUCCAUUAUGCACCAUUUGCUUCAGACUUCACAGACAUUAAAGACAUGCCUUCCACAUUUGAAAAGGGAACCAAACCGUUCAAUCCACUGGAACAGUUGAUGGGAGUGUUUCCUGCAGCAAGUGGCAACUUCCUCCCUAAAACAUGGCGAGCCCUGAUGGAGAAUCCGGACUCUUCAAUCAUUGACUUCUAUCCAGAUGAUUUUGCUAUUGAUUUAAAUGGAAAGAAAUAUGCUUGGCAAGGUGUUGCACUUCUACCAUUUGUUGAUGAACGACGGCUUAGAGCAGCUCUGGAAGCAGUUUACCCUGAUCUCACUCCUGAUGAAAUUCGACGAAAUAGUCUUGGAAGUGAUGUGCUGUUUGUUGGAAAACACCACAAGUUGUUUGACUUCAUUGUCGAAUUGCAAAAUAGUGGUGCUCAGGAUAUAGAGAUGUCUCCUGAGCUUUGCCAUGGUAUUAAAGGCCUCCUAACGUUAAAGGAUGAUGUAAUAAAACCAGGAAGAACAGUGGAAUCCCCUGUACCAGCAUUGCAAGACAUUACCGAGAAUAAUGUAUGCAGUAUAUUAUUCAAGGAUCCUCAAUUUGAAGAUUGCUACAUAUUCAAAGCUUCUUUAUUACCUGGAGCAGUAAAACCUCCUAAAGUGUUGAAACCAGCUGAUUGGGAACAAUCUAACCAAAAGCAACCUUGGAAGCCUCGACUUGGCUUUAACCCAAAUCGGCCUCAAGUACACUUGGACCAAGCAGCAUUUAGAACACUGGGCCAUGUUAUGUCAAAAGAUCGCUCUCAAGGAGGAAGUGGUGUUUACAGUUACACCCCUCCGCCUCUUUAUCAACAAGCGAAAAAUUCUCGGCCCCCAUUGAUGAGAGCACCACCAUCUCUUACUGUCCCAUUGCCAACCCUACAACCUUCCGAGAUCUUUAUGUUCCAUCAAUUGUGGUCUCUUGCACAUCCCCAGUUUUGAUUUGCCACUGAUGCUGGUGUCUUCAGCUCCCUGGCUCUAAGUUUUGGAGAACUUUGCUGUAAGUCACUCCACCUUUCUCUCCCUUUUUUAAGACAUUCCUUGAAACAAGCUUUUGAUCAUGUAUCCUAACUUCUGCUUAAGUAACUGUUGAGGUUUAUUUAAAGCAUUUUUGAGACAAUUUGGUGGGCUAAUUGUGCUGUAUCAGGGCAAAUUGUUGAGCAUGGAUGACACUUUGGUUUACCAAGUUCCUGCUUAUUGAUAGGGAAGUUAAUUUUAGUCUAAUCUGAUUCCAGUUGUUGCACACAGUCCAGUUGUUUUAUCUGUGAGACUCUUGACCUCUUCUCAACCUAAUUGUACAUCGGAAGUGUGAUGGGAAUUGUUGCAAAAUAGAGCUGUUUGUUCAUCUAUCAACCUUGUUUUAAAAAUAUUAACGGCAUUUAUGUGGCAACCUUCAUGUGAAGUUAAAUGUCGGAGCAUCUUUCAGUCAACUUGGAGGAGUGCUUACAAAAUGAAAAGGCUGGGGACUUUAAACUUUGAGACUUUUCAAUGCAACUAAUCUCACCUUCCUAUACUUUGUCUGGUCUUUCUUGAAGAGCUUCAGCUUGACUGCUGAUCCAAUCCUUGAACUAUAAUACUCAAGCAGGUCCUUGAGUUGUGUAUAGAUUUCUAUGCCUCUGUACCUGCAUGUAAAGGUUGGUGUUUCUCACUGCUGCUAUUUGGCCCCCAAGGAAGAUGUGUAAUUGUUAGCCAUCCUGGCAAUAUGGAGACCUUCACCUGGCUACCUUAUAGUUAAAACGAUGCUGCAAUAUCCUGAGCAACCAAAGCAAUGUUCUGUUCUCCUGGCACUUUACUUUGAGUUUUUUUGACACGAUGUGAUAAAAGUCAUGUGAUGGAAAAAGGUAUGUGGAAAAUUAGUUUUCUGCCUUGCUUUCCUGACCAAUUUUCUAAAUUGACUGGGAUUCACUCUCCAUAAUGUUUUUUGACUUUUGUACCUCCCAGUAUCUUUCUCUGUUUGGAAUUGCUACACACACAAACAAAGAAUUAAGUGCAGACAGUCUAAAGGACAUAAGCACUGAUAAAAGAAGAAAGGAGAAGUGUGUCUUUAAAAGGACUUAUUUAUACUCAAGUAAGGUUGAGACAUAGAGACUCUCUUGAAUUAUUCAGCAAACCCCUGUCCUCACCAUUAGGCCAUCACUGUUGCUGUACAGAUGCUAUCUUGGCCAUUUUUGUUCUCUUAUACUGCAUUGUGUGUUCAUGAGAGACAUAGUAUGUGCACAUAGCUAUAAUGUAAAGCCUUAGCUACAAAACAUAAAGGCUUUAUGCACUUUAAAUUUGAUCUUUUACCUUUUGUUUACUAAUUUGUAGCCACAUUUUCUCUUUUGUAAUGGAAUGUUUUUUUAAAUUCUAGCUCCAAUUGCAAAUGCUAGAAAUCUUGAAGGUUGUUGACCCUGAAUGUUCACUUGCCUUUAUGGUUUCAGAUGCUGAUUCACCUGCAUACUUCAGGCAUUUUAUUUUCUUUUUGUUCGACAGCUCUUUACUUUUCUGCCUCCUGGCUGGAGCUGGAACCCACAUUAAAUUACUACAUAGAAUUUUACAACGCUGAAACAAACCAUUCUGCUAUUGUUUAUGUUCCACUAGUUUCCUGUCUCUGUACAUCAUCUUGCAUUAUCACCAUUUCCUCGUUUUCCUCCUCCUUCACGUCUUCCCACUUGAAUGCACUAGUUUUGCCAUUGCAUGUGGUAGUGAGUUUCAUAUUUUCAGCACAACUUAACAUUGAACACUGAAAAACUGGCCUAGUUUUCAGUCAUUCGAAGUUUGAAAGUUUAAAACAAUGGAUCACUGUUGUCAUGUGCUAGGAAGUCAAAACAUGUAAGUAUGCUGCUCAGUGAAUUAUUUGCGUAGUCAGGCAGCAGCAAGUUAUGACAAAUUGGUGCCUUAAAUUUAUUUAUGUAUUUAGAAAAUGUAAUUCAGGAAUAGACCUCAUUCUGUGUUUGUGUCAAGCAGCUUUUCCGUAUAUAUUUCUUAGCACAAUUGGCUGAAACUGCUGCAUUUAAACAUUCAGCUAUAGUAUACUUUGUGUAAAGAUUUUUAGCAUGUUAUUUCUUGAUGGCUUUGGUGCUAUAUUGAAGAGUGAACCUGAAAGACACAUACCACUUUGAGACGAGAAUUAUAUGACUUUGCAGUGGUCUUUGUAAUGACAGUCCUGUUUGGCAGCAGUAUGAAAUAGGUGGAUUGAUUUUGAAUAGAAAGAAAUGUUGAAGUCUGAACUUGAUAGCUACAAAAAGACGAGAGUUUCAGACCUAUCUAUUUUCAAGAACAUUAAAAGCUGCACGGUAAACUUAACAUAUGUUGUAUUUGUGCAUAGCACGUUGUGAUUUAGGUAAAAUGGAAUUAAAACACUUCGACAUUUGUUAGCCGCAGCCCCGUAUAGCUUUAUUUAUUUCAGAAUUUGAGGAAUGUUAAAUAACACAAAUACAAACCCAGGUGCUGCAGUUUCUGUGGUGGUCAUUGAGGAGGACUUUUUUUUUUCAAAUGUUUGCUGCAUUGUAAAGAUUAUAAAUAUCUGGUCACGUGGUCUUGCCAUUGUCUUUCCCAGUUAUCAUCAUUAAUGCAUCCUUUGUUAAAUUUCUGUUCAGUUACAAUAAUUUGUUUUUCAUGUCACUAGUGGACAUUACAAUGUGUAUACAAUAUAACCAGUUAAUUCCUGUUUUUUCCUACACUCAAUUUAAAAUUGUUAACACAGUAAAAUCAUCAUAGUUCUUCUAUUACCUGCAGCCCCCCCCCCC